UGGUCAAUAAUCGCUCCCAGGAAGGCAGCGCCUGUCAAAGAAAGGCUGAAGCCGAAGUUGAACUCCGUGGUCUUCUUAGCUUCGUGCUAGGCGACGUCACAUGGGAAAUAAUACUUUAACCUGACAGUUAAAGUUUCUGCAGUCCCCUUCAGCCUGUUACCCACUACUCUCUACCUCACCUCUGGACUAUUAAAGCAACAAGAUGGCAAACAUUGGCAGGCUCUCCACCAAGGAUGCAGUGCUUUUCCUGUGCGAUAUGCAGGAGAAGUUCAGACCCAACAUCUUCCAGUUCACCAACAUUGUCAGCAAUGCAGCCAGACUGCUCCAGGCCAGUCGUAUCCUGGGCAUCCCCCCCAUUUUGACAGAGCAAUAUCCUAAAGGUCUUGGGCCCACAGUACCAGAGCUGGGAGCUGAGGACCUAAAGGCCCAUGCUAAAACUUCAUUCACCAUGAUGAUAGAGGAGGUGCAGAAGGAGCUGGAGGCCCUGGGGAACCCCAAACAAGCCAUACUGUGUGGAAUAGAGGCUCACGCCUGUAUCGCUUGCACAGCUUUUGAUCUGCUCGAGAAGGGGAUAGAGGUUCAUAUUGUAGCUGACGCCGUGUCAUCCAGAAGCCAAACGGAUCGUUUGUUUGCUCUGUCACGACUGAAACAGAGCGGAGCAUACCUCACCACCACAGAGGCUGUUCUGCUGCAGCUGGUUCAAGAUGCCAAACACCCCAACUUCAAGGAGAUUCAGAAGCUUCUGGCGCAUCCGUCUCCUGACACCGGCCUCCUUGCUUUCUUCAGCGCUCUGUAAAGAGACCCAUGUCCUACCAUUGUGUCCCACUGUAAAGAGCUGUACCAAUAAAGCGAUGCUGCUACUUUAAA